AUGACGCGAUUCUUGCUCAGCAACAACUAUUUUAGGCCAAAUCACCAGAAGGGGUUUUUACCCGGGAUUUCUGGAUGCCUAGAACACAACACCUUGCUGUCGGAGAGUUUCAAAGAUGCUAGAAAAAGCGAGCGGCAAAUCACUGUUUGUUGGAUAGACUUGGAGAACGUGUUCGGGUCGAUACAACACGAAUUGAUGCUAUUCGCGCUUAGAUGGUACAACUUUCCACCCCUAGUUAGUGAUAUGAUCGCGUCGUAUUACUCAAAAUUAAGGUUUUCUAUAAUAACUAAAGAAGGCCCUUCAAAAAGUUUGAGUUAUAAUGUAGGACUGUUUCAAGGUUGUUGUCUAUCUCCAAUUGCGUUUAAUAUCGUUAUUAACAUCUUAGUAGACAAAUUAAUCUGUAACGAGAAAAAAUGGGGUUAUCGGUUUAAGUUUAAUAAUAAAUACACGGAAUCCAUUUUAGCCUUCGCUGACGAUCUCGCAAUACUCACACGUAACCCCAAACACUGUCAAGUACUAUUGGAUGAAGUGGAUAAAUUCUGCGGUCAAUGCAUUUCUACGGUUACGGAAAAUGCACCAUUUAAAUUUCUCGGUCGUAAGAUUGAUAAUAUAGGCCGUACUCCAUCUUUAGAAGGAAUAGUAGAUAGCUUUUUGAACGAUCUUAACAAGGUAGAUAGCCAACUCAUAGGUAACGUCAAAAAAGCGUGGAUCUACGAGAAUUACUUAACUUCACGUUUGAAUUGGCCUUUCCUCGUCUAUGAUUUAAAUAAAACCCUUUUGUCAAAGUUAGAUGCAGGCGUCAUAAAGAUGUUGGAGUUGUGGCUCGGGCUCGCUCUGACGGCUGAUUCAUCGGCGUUAUUUAGGGGAAGCAAUAGUUUUGGGAUGAGUCUAAAAAGGCCAUCGGAGCUCUAUAAACACCUAAGAGUUUCCAAGAGAUAUCUCCUGGGGAAAUCCCAUGAUGACAUAGUGACAUCGCUCCCAAAAGAUGAAGAUGCCCCCGAGCUAGAGUCACGACUUCAAUUCCAUAAGCAAUUUAUGAUAGGAGCACAAAGUAACAGAGCGGGGUUAGGAUCAAAUAGGAAAGUCCAAGAUGCGGAUAUAUUGAAGUCUUUUAUUCGGCAAGACGAGAAUGAAAAAUACAAGAUCCAUGCAAUGAAUUUAGAAAUGCAGAACGAGUGGUUAGACAUAGGAGAUUUUUGCAUCCCAUUAGCAUUAAAAUGGCGCACUUUAAUUUAUGAUUGGUCGCCAGCAUUGCUAAAAUUCUAUCUCAAUGCGUUCCAGAUGACUCUCCCAGAUCAGAGUAAUUUAGUAAGAUGGGGUAAAAGUACCGAAAAAACUUGCUAUAUCUGUGGAAAGGCAGUUGGAACUGCUAAGCAUCUGCUGGUGGGAUGUAAGGUACUCCUGGACAGCGGUCAAUACUCGCGUCGUCACGAUAGGGUUCUAGAAGUCAUACGUGAAGCGGUUAGUCUUUCGGUAGCCAGAGCGCAAAAGGAAAUAACCACAAACGAACGAUCAGUAGGUUUUGUGAGAGAAGGCACUAGGGCUACAAAAUCAAACGUCAAGCCUUACUCCAUCCUUAAAGCGGCGUCGGAUUGGACUAUAAUGAUGGACACGUAUGAAAAACAAAAUCCCGAGGAUAUUUGUGCGUCGGCCUCCAGACCGGAUAUAUUUUUGUUUUCGCGAAUUUUAAAGCGCGUAGUGAUGAUAGAGCUUACGGUCCCUUGGAAAACCAACAUCCCCAAAGACCAUACCAUCAAGGUCAACAAAUAUUACGAGCUCACAAACGAACUCACUCGAAAUAGGUUCGUAGUAGAUUUGUACGCGGUAGAGGUGGGAGCGAGAGGUAUAACAGCGAAAUCUCUCUACAACCUACUAAAGGACUUGGGCUUGUCCAGAACUCACAUUAAUGCAUUCUUGGAACGUAUAUCGAAGGCAGCCCUAGUAGGUUCUUUUCAAAUUUGGUUAGGUAGGGAGAGGAGCUUGGACAGUGGAGGUGAGCGUAUAACGCGCGUUAAAUAA